CUAUUGCCGAGGUCCCAGUCACGGAUUGGUGAGUAGAGCAAAGAACGUGCAGAUCGGAUACAGCUUUUCUGCCUUUACGAAACCGUAUCUCACCCGGCUACAUCUCCUUCAUUGCCUUUCGGUACGUACCACAGAUGGUCGGAUGCGACAACGAUGAAUGUCCCUACGAGUGGUUCCACCUGUCUUGCCUGGGCAUGACAGAGCCGCCUGCAGACAACCGUCAGUGGUUCUGUCAAGAUUGCUCGCAAGCAAAGUCUGGCGGUGGGAUUGCUGGAAGAGCAGACGUUGCCCCUAGUGCGAUCAAGGCGGGUAGGAAGAGUGGGGGUCGGAAGAGCCAAGGUGCUACUGUGGGGACCAAUGGCAAGAAGAGGUAGACUAACAGCAGGGGUAUCAGGAGCUAGAAGUCUCGCGGAGCUGGCCAAUCCGCCAAAGUUUUCCGAAUUGUACGAUAGCCUGCCAACUCAUUUCGGCGAGCGGGAC